ACGAGGUCAAGCACAUUUAUUAACAAUGUCACGUUAACCGUGAAUGUACUUGCAUAUGAACAGGCGAACGUAGAAAAUAGUCGACAGAAUUAACAAGAAUCGGUGCACAUCGCCUCUCUUGCUUAACCAUUACUGGCUCAGUUCCAAUGUAAACAAUACUGUUACCAGUAUCAAUACAGGUACAGGGUACGUAUGCCUUACCUGUGGGUGGUGUUCAUACGACCUCGAGGACGUGCCUGGUCUUGGCUUGGACGCUAACAAGCGGUGGAUACUAGUGAGCAUUAGAGAUAGAGGGGCUGUAGACGCAGUUGCUGCUGUUGCACUACAUCACACCUUAUAUUACCAUAAGAUAAGCACGUGCAAUAUAAAGUCAUUGUAUUUAUGAGAGGUUUGCGGCGUUCAUCCGUACCAUUUGUAGCCUCGCUGCCUCUAUAAAAGCACUGAAACUUGAAGAAGAGCUCACAGCGUUACUUAACUCGACACAAAGUAUUAUCCCACGGUGACAGGACCACAGCUUUCAGAAGACAGAAAGAGUUAACAAGAUGUGGCCCUACUUAAUCGGAGUAACCUGUGUCCUGCUUGGGAUCUGGAUAUGGCAGCGCAAGGAGCGGUUCAAAUACUUCAAGAACAUGGGACUCGACGGUCCCCCGCCAAACCUACUACUGGGGAACUUAGGGGAAUACGGGGGCGGGAACAUUGCAGAGGGGAUCGCUAAACUCACAAAGAAAUACGGGAAAACUUACGGGAUUUUCGAGGGCCCGGUACCUUGCGUCAUCACCACGGACUUGGAGCUUCUGAAAGAGGUGUUUAUAAAGCGAUUUAGCUCAUUUCACGGAAGGAAGUUGUUUCCCGUUCAGCCGGACCCUGAGGACGCUCACGGCAUCAGUAUGGUUACGGCAGUAGGACCACGCUGGAAAAGACUGCGCAUGAUCACCAACCCCACCUUCUCCGUGUCCAAGAUGAAACAGAUGUCGCCACUCAUCAAUGAAGCCGUGACGUCAUUCUUAAAGACGUGUGAAGAGAAAGCUAAAGAGGGAAAACCCUUCGAUAUCUACAAAGAGUACCAAGGAUUGACGAUGGAAGUCAUUGCCUCAUGCGCGUUUGGACUUCAAAUCAACACAAUCCAAGACAAGGAGCAUCCGUUUCUUCUGGCCGGAAGAGAUUUCUUCAACAAACUUGGGAAGGAUUCGAUGAAAUUCUAUAUGAUGAUUCCUGCCAUAUUCCCUAUCCUGCGGCGGUUAUUUUACGCUAUGCUGUACAUGGCUCAGUGUUACAUGCCUAACGAACCGUCCGGUCGCUUACGAAAGUUCGCCAGGGAAACCAUCCAGUUAAGGAAAUCCGACCCAAAGUACCGAAGAAUGGACCUCCUCCAGCUGAUGAUCGACGCCACCCUGGCGGGUAACAAAGAACAAGUCAGCCGCUCCAACUCUAGUGAAAACGGUGAGCUCUCGUUUGGUGGCGCUAAGGAGCAGGAAGGGACCAACGGUCUAGCUGGUGUUGAUGGGGAGAUGAACGGCGUCCAGGGUACGGCGGGAGAUGUAGCUAAUGGCACUGGGAAUUUGAAGACCAGCCCGCAGAAGAGUGGAUUGUCUAAAGAGGAAAUCGUUGAACAGUGCCUCGUGUUUAUCAUAGCUGGUUACGAGACCACCAGUACGGCGCUCGGAUACUGCUCCCACGAACUAGCCUUGAACCCCGAAGUUCAGAAACGACUGCAGGCGGAAAUAGACGAACAACUUGGCGAUGAGGACCACAUCAAUUACGAGACUAUCCAGAAGCUGCCGUACCUGGAGAUGGUAUUCUGUGAAGCACUGCGGCUGCAUCCCAUAGCAACCACUUUCAUCAACCGCCGCUGUAUGGAGCCGUGUACGGUGAAUGGUCUCCAUAUUCCUGCUGGUCUCUCCGUGCAGGCAGACGUCCUGUCUAUACACGCUGACCCGGAAGUCUGGGGGCCCACUGACCCGGCUGUGUUUGAACCUGAACGUUUCAGCCCAGAAAACAAAGCCACCCGUCACCCCAUGGCAUGGCUCCCGUUCGGAGCAGGCCCCAGAAACUGCGUGGGCAUGAGGUUCGCCAUCUUGGAAGCUAAGAUCGCUCUGGCAAGAGUUCUGAAACACUUCACCAUCGAGCGCUGUGCCGAGACAGAGGUGCCGCUGAAGAAAGUAGAGCGCGCCACCACCGUCCCCAUGAAUGGAGUCACCGUGAAGCUGGUAAAAAGAGAGAUUUGAUUCGCUGAGAUAAUUUAUAUUUUUGAAACGAAGCAUUUGAUUUGAUAGCGGAGUUGGAAAUGUUGUGGGAAAAAGACAUGUCGUUGGAACGCAAAAAAGAGAGGUGCACUUUAUCUACUUUAUUGGCAGUGAUUUCAGUCUCUGUAAUAAUCGUGAAACAGGGAUUUUCAGUGGCUGAAUUAGUAAGGGACCAACAUGUCUGUCACUAUUUUUAUUUGAGGAAGUCACGUGAUGUAAAUGACGUGUAUUGACGUGGUUUGAAUUAUUAGAUGGAUAGAGAUCAAGAUUUAAGCACACUGCCAGAACGAGAAUCCUCAAAAUGCGCUAAUUCACUGUUUAUCAAUGUUCUGAACAAAGUACUUUUUGAUUUUUCGUUUAAUUAUUGUUAUUUAUUCAGGUAGGCUACUUCUUUAUUUUAUAUUGUAAUGAUGGAAAUUAAAUUUCAAAAUACCCCGUAUACUAGCAGAUAUUACUACAUACAUUCCUCUAACCGUAUAGUCUCUAUUGCCUGUAUUGUUUUGGUAGAAUAGUUAGCGUCGUUCUCGUGGAAUAUACUAUUGCACUAUUUGUGUACAGUCGUAUUAGUAUAUCAUUAAGUCAUUUAAUUAAAGCCUAGCUAUUAUGCUACUGCAUUAAAACACUCACUCACGCCGUUAUUACUGAUAUCACAUAAGCUAAUUUUUAUCCUCGUCACCCAACUGAGUGAAAAUAUCUGUACUUUUACCAUUAUGUAUCAAAAAUGUCUUAUAAAAUCUACACAUAUGGUAUUAAGGUGUACAAUUGUUGUGCUUAAUAUAAAUAGGACGUGUCUGAAUGUAUGUAAUACUCAGUAUAGCUGUAACGUUGGUUAUCUAACAUUGUAUUGUUUAUUAACACGUGGUUUGGCGAGUAAAAUAAAUU